AUGAUGGCAGAGGCCGGCCCGGACGGGCUGGUGUUCAACGGUUUUCUGAAACUGAUGGGCUCGAAAUACGGCGAGUUCAGCGACCGCAGCGAGCUCGAACAGGUGUUUGCAACCUUCAAAGACGACUCCAAGACCGUGGACGCCGCAGAGCUCAAGAAGCAUCUCACAGGCGUGAGCAAGACAGAUCCGGAUAUCCAGCUGAGCAAGAACGACAUCGACAACGUGCUCAAGUCGUUCGGUAAGAAAAGCGAUCUCACCGGAAAAACCGCCUUUGCAGCCGACAAGUUCAUCGACACGGUUUCACACUAG